CCACUCCGCCAUGGAUUUUUCCCAACUCAAUGCUGCCGAGCAGGCACAUAUGACCCGUGUCAUAGAGAAAAAACAGAUGCAAGAUUUUAUGCGUCUAUACUCAAACCUCGUAGAACGCUGCUUUACGACAUGUUGCAAUGACUUCACGAGCAAAACUCUCGGUAGCAAAGAAGAACAAUGUGUAUUGAAUUGCACUGACAAGUUCCUCAAGUACUCAGAACGAGUAGGGGCGCGGUUUGCAGAACAUAAUGCCGAACAAGGUGCUGUCGGGAGACCAAGUUGAUUUGUUGAUGGCCGUAUAUCUGGUUGUCCGUUUCUCUGUCUAUUGCUUCUCAUUUACUCCCCGUGCAUUACUGCAUCACAUACAACGAUUAAACACGCAUAAUUCAAUCGUAUUU